AAAUUUUGGAGCGAAAUUCAACAAGCAUCGCAAGGACAGCUAAAACAGUUCGUCUGUUUUUUUUUCACUUUUUUUGGCAUUACAUUUGUAAAUGGCAGACGCCCUGGAUAUCGUCGAAUUUGCCAGACCACAUACCAAGGAUAAAAAUCUGUAUGUGACCGGAAUCUCAAAUAGGUUGACCGAAGAAGCUGUAAUUGCAAAACUCCACCAUAUAUUCUCUCAGUUUGGUCUGCUGUACGAAGUCCAAGUUCUUGGCAGUGGCCCUGGACAUCAACCUCCGACCCCUGACGAUAACGUGCAGACAGAGACCAUCAAUGUGACUGCGUCUAGUCAUGUCGGUCAGGGAGGAUUGUAUGCAUUCGUCAAAUAUUACUCCACCAAAGCUGCUAGCUCUGCGCUACAAGCGAUCAGCGGAAAGUAUAUGUUGGAUGGUCGACUCCUCAGGGUGAAGUUUGCCAACAGACAGAAACCAAUUGAGAAUAGUUCCCAACUUCAAUUCCAACGGUGUUGUGAGCUUGCUAAUCACUACUUGGGUUUCAAUGGCUGGUCCAGCACAAUAGUGUCCUUGGAGCAGGAUAAAGAUUGCGAACCUAACACUGCUCGCUUCAUUGCCAUAGUAAGAAUCGACAUCAGACGACACAACUUACACAGUGAAGGAGUUGGAGUCGGAGAAGUUGAAUUCACCACACAAGAACCCAUGAGUAAAAUCACUGCGUUCCUCAGAGCCAAGAAAAUUGCCUUUCAGCGGGCCAGCGAGUCCGCUUUCAGCAAACUCUUCUUCGUCGUUCUACCCAACGGCAAAACUGCUGUAGAGGUCAACUGUACUGCCGUGGAUAAACUACAUUACGUCACCCAGGAGGAACUUAAGAACACAGUAACAGUGAACCAAAUUGACGAGCCCGCGCACAGUAGUGAUCCUGAGCUGGAUGUAGAGGGCGCCCUUGAGGCUGACGAUACGAAAGAUCUUGACGACAUCAAUGCCCAACUGCUGCUGGAUCUUCAGAUGGAUAUGUAGCGGCAGCACGAUAGGGUCUGGAAAAAAGGCAGACCAAAAUCGUAAAACUAUCUCAAAAAGGUAUGAUAAUUUAUAAUGUAAAUAAAAUGUAUAUUAUAGAUUUAUAUUAUUGUCUGCCUUUGUACAAUUCGGGCGAUUCACAAUGCAGUGCGCCACCAAGAGUUUGCCAUUGAGAGUCAACCUUUUAAAUUUACGGUCGACAA